AUGCAGUUCACCAACAACCUCCUCGCCCUCCUCACCCUCCUCCCUCUUACCCUCGCCGCCCCCGAGAGUCAGCUCGAGGCCAAGUUCGAGUCCGGCGUCAGCAUCCUCGGCACCGCCGUCGUGACCACCUACUCGGGCGACGCCUGCAACGGCAGCAACGAGCAGGUCACCGUCACUAACGGCGGCUACCGCUGCUUUGCCGUUUCCAACAAGCGGUCUAUUGGCUAUAGCGGCUCUGGCGGCAACAACUGCCGUGGCUCCAGCUUCGUCGCCACCCGCGCGGGCUGCUACAGUGUCUUGUAUGGCUCUGUUUCUAUCCAGUGCUAG